AUGCUGAGAUCAAGACUCUUGACGAGCACGAAAUUUAUCGCGCGCUCGCUGCACAGUGGGAGACCCUCUCUUUACGCAGCCAGCGUAGCUAAUGUGUCGUCUAACCAAUACGCUAAGAUUUACAAGCCUGCCGCGCGGUCCCUUGAACCGCUAGAUACGUUCCAGAGACGGCAUUUGGGGCCCAACCCGGAUAACGUGCAGGAUAUGCUAAAAACAAUGGGGUACGAGGACCUAGAUAAGUUCAUCGAAACGCUGGUGCCCCCACAGGUGUUGGAGAGGCGGCCACUGCAGCUGGAGGCCCCACAGAAGGGGUUUUCAGAGCAGGAAAUGCUACAGCACUUGCAGGAGAUUGCGAACAAAAACAAGUUCCAGGCCCGGAAUUUUAUAGGGAAGGGCUACUACGGCACAGUGCUGCCCCCUGUGAUCCAGAGAAAUCUACUUGAGUGUCCAGAGUGGUACACCUCGUACACGCCUUAUCAGCCCGAGAUUUCGCAGGGGCGACUGGAGUCGCUUCUGAACUUUCAGACGGUGGUUUCGGACUUGACUGGCCUGCCCGUCGCUAACGCAUCUUUGCUGGACGAAGGAACGGCCGCGGGUGAAGCUAUGCUUCUCUCUUUCAACACGGCCAAGAGAAAGAAGAGCAAGUUUAUUGUGGACAAGCGUUUGCACCCCCAAACCAAGUCAGUCUUGAAGACCCGGGCGACGCCCUUUAACAUCGAGCUCGUAGAGGUGGACCCACUGGAAGUCGAGGCGAACAAGACCAUCCUAGCGGACAAAGCCGUUUUCGGUGGCCUUAUCCAAUACCCUGCCACUGACGGUACCAUCAUUCCUGGUGAAAUAGUAAAGUCCAUUGCUGAAUCACUGCAUGCUAACAAGGCGCUAUUGUCGGUCGCCUCGGACCUAAUGGCUUUGACGCUUCUCAAGCCACCAUCAGAGUUUGGCGCGGACAUCGCUCUCGGGUCUUCGCAACGCUUCGGCGUGCCCUUCGGAUACGGUGGGCCUCACGCAGCUUUUUUCGCGGUCACCGAGAAGUUGAACAGAAAGAUUCCCGGUAGAAUUGUCGGUGUUUCAAAGGACCGCCUGGGCAGCCCCGCGUUGCGUCUAGCAUUGCAGACUAGAGAACAGCACAUUAAGCGUGACAAAGCUACUUCCAACAUUUGCACGGCGCAGGCACUUCUAGCAAACAUCGCUGCUAACUACUGUGUUUACCACGGUCCACAAGGCCUCAAAGACAUCGCUGGCAGAAUUUACGGAUUCACUACCGUUUUGGCAAACAAAAUCAGUGCCGAAACACCCCACACAGUGGUCAACAACACUUGGUUCGACACUUUGACCAUCAAGUUGGCCGAAGGUACGUCCUCCGAACGGCUGCUCAAGGCUGCGUACGAAAAGUACUCCAUCAACCUGUUUGGCGUUGACGAAAAUACCGUGUCCGUUUCUCUCGAUGAAACAGUGACUAGGAAAGACUUGCUAAACCUAUUACAGGUAUUUGGCGCUUCUGAAGAGCUUCCAGAGCUCCUACCAGAGUUCCCCGAGGAGCUCUCGCGGACGGACUCAAUCUUGUCAAACGAGGUCUUCAACCAGCACCACAGCGAAACUGCCAUGCUGAGGUACUUGCACCGCUUGCAAAGCCGCGACCUUUCCCUCGCAAACUCCAUGAUUCCGCUAGGGUCCUGUACAAUGAAGUUGAACUCGACCGUGGAGAUGAUGCCAGUUACCUGGCCACAGUUUGCUAACAUGCACCCAUUUCAGCCUGUCGAGCAGGCAGAGGGGUACCUUGAACUGAUCAAGUCUCUGGAAGCCGAUUUGGCGGACAUCACAGGCUUCGACAACGUUUCGCUGCAACCCAACUCCGGUGCGUCUGGCGAGUACGCCGGGCUGAGAGUUAUCAAAUCUUACCUUGAAGCUCAGGGCCAGUCACACCGUAACGUUUGUUUGAUCCCAAUCUCCGCCCAUGGCACCAACCCAGCGUCUGCAGCCAUGUGUGGCAUGAAGGUCGUUCCCGUCAACUGUCUUUCUGACGGUGCUUUGGACCUCCAAGACCUGGAAGCAAAAGCAGAGAAGCACAAGGACGAUCUGGCCGCCAUGAUGAUCACUUACCCAUCGACUUACGGUCUCUUCGGCCCUGGCAUCAGAGCGGCGAUCGACGCUGUACACAAGCACGGCGGCCAGGUGUACCUGGAUGGCGCCAACAUGAACGCCCAAGUGGGCCUCACUUCGCCUGGCGAUCUGGGCGCCGACGUGUGCCACUUGAAUCUCCACAAGACGUUCGCAAUCCCACACGGCGGUGGCGGGCCCGGUGUUGGCCCCAUCUGCGUUAAAUCGCACCUCGGACCAUUCCUGCCAGGCCAUGACCUCGUGAACAUCGCCACUGGCGCGCCCAGCGACCUCCGGAUUUCCGCAGUUGCAAGUGCGCCCUAUGGUAGCGCCUCGAUUCUGCCCAUCUCCUACGCAUACAUCAAGAUGAUGGGCUCCACCGGACUGCCCUUCUCCUCGGUCGUGGCCAUCCUCAACGCCAACUACAUGAUGUCACGCCUCAAGCCACACUACAGCAUCCUGUUUGCCGGCGACAACUCCACUACCAAGCACUGCGGACACGAGUUCAUCGUCGAUCUGCGUGAAUUCAAGGCCGCCGGCGUCGAGGCCAUCGACGUCGCGAAGCGUCUCCAGGACUACGGCUUCCACGCGCCCACUCUGGCCUUCCCUGUGCCAGGCACCCUGAUGGUCGAACCUACGGAGUCCGAGAACCUACAGGAGCUAGACCGCUUCGUGGACGCGCUGAUUGCCAUCCGCCGCGAGAUCGACCUCUAUGCUGCCGGCGACCCUAAGGGCGCCGUGCUCAAGAACGCGCCACACUCACUGACAGACCUCGUCUGCAGCACAGACUGGGACGCCCGCGGCUACUCCCGCGAGUUCGCGGCCUUCCCGCUGCCUUUCCUCAAGCACAACAAAUUCUGGCCUCCAGUCGCCCGUCUGGACGACACCUACGGCGACCUCAAUCUGAUCUGCACAUGUCCAUCUGUCGAAGACGUGGCCAACGACAAUGCCGAGCAUGACUAG